AAGCAGCGUUUUCUGCAGCAAGCCAUGAAGCGAUGCCCGCUUCUUCUACUACUUCUUUGCCGUUACAUCAGGUCAUCAUCUCCUUCUUUUUUGCGUCUGGCUUAGACGUCAUCUGCUUCUGCUCCUCCGUCAGUUCCCGUGAUAGUGUCGAAUUUCCCACUCGCCAGACUGCUUCGCCUGGAGUUCCUGUCCUGGUGUCUCCCACACGCCAACGUGCUCCUUCCUUGGCUCCUGUCCUGGCGGCCUCAAACCUGGCCGUGCUGGCCGUCCACAGUUCCUGCGGCAGAAGCGACGAUUCUCAACCUGUUCACGCAAGCUGCACCAUCACGCGAUCCAGCGUUGCCACCGGACACUGCCUCACUGUGAAGACGCCGGCCUGUCAUCUGUGUUCGUCGUGUGGUGGAGGGGUGUGCGCCGUUCCUCCCUCCACCCACCCUUGAUUUUUCACAACUGUGGAACAGCUGACAUCUGUUCCGUGGGGGGAGAGGUAAACUGUCAUGUUCCACAGGACAGGAAUUAUCACUUUCUGUCCUACGCUCUUAUUUUGGAAUGCUGCACUUCCUACUGUGUGGAGGUUGUAGCUGCUUUACCUCAGUGGAAUUGUGCACAGCUGUUUGCUAUUGCAAUUAGUUGAGUGUAUAAGCCCAGCGUCAUUCCAUGAACGGGGCUGGUUCAUUGAUUCGGCUUUCUUGGCCUGUGCUGUCACUUAAACGGUCUACUUACCUGUUGUUGCUGCCUUAUCUAUCAUUUAUGUUUGCACAGAGCCUUUUUCCCCUCUGUCACUUUUUGUUGUUUGUUCCUGCACGACUGUGAGUACAGCACUUGCUUAAUUAAAAGACUUUUAUUUGCACACUGCUGCCUCUGUCUCUGCAUACCAGGGGUCAAACAGUCGACAGCCACACCACGUUUCCUGACACACACAGUGAAAAAUGAAAGGAUGCAAUGACUACUUUGAUAUUUUUCUAAAGUGUGUAGAUGUCAUCAUCUGUUGUGCUGCUCUGCUGCUGCCUGUCUGUGUGUGGUUGCAGUGCACUGCCAGCAGGCCUGGGAGGAGCCACCUGCACACACCUGCAGCUAAUUUCCCAGCCACUUCUUAAGCAGCACACUCAUGUCUAAUCCUUGCCAGAUUGUUACUUGCUACUAGCCUGUUCCAUGUUCCUGUCUGCGUCUUGUAGUUCUCGACUCGUGUUACUUUCUGGUCACCUGUGUUUUAAGCUACGACUCGAAGGUCGUGAGGUCCCAGUUGAGGCAAGUAGAGCCCAGAAGCAAGAAGUCAUUUUGUCAGGAUUCAGCGAGCGUGACAUGUCGACUCUGCGCUUUGGACAGCACCUCAUCAAGGUCUCUUCCGUGUUCCUGCAGACGGAACUGUCCUUUGCUCUUGUCAACAGAAAGCCUGUGGUACCUGGACGUAUCUUUUUUUUCAAACACCAGGACGGCCCUGAAGCCGGACAAACUGUGAAGCAUGUUCAUGUCCAUGUGCUGCCCAGGAAGGCAGGUGACUUUGAGGACAAUGACAGUGUUUAUCAGGAGCUCCAGAAACAUGAUCGCCAAGGUCAGGACGUUCCUUCAAAGUGGAGAUCGGAGGAAGAGAUGGCAGAAGAAGCCUCCAUCUUGAGGAAACAACUUGAGAACCCUUAGACCAAAGUGUCCAAAGUGCGGCUCGGGGCCAUUUGCGCUUUGAGCUUAUGUUUUAUUGGCCUGCAGCACAUGCAAAAGAAAACGAAACCUAUAAAUAAAACAAGUGAAAAAGACAUUGUUAGAAAAAUGUGUUAUAAAUGUACUCAGAUAGCUACAAUUAUAUUCCUUGUUAGAAUCUGUCUUGGUUAUCGUACAAUAUUGCACAGAACAAACUGUUGUAAUUUCUCCUUUGGUACAUAGAAUCUUGUGGUAUUAAUAAAGAUGUGGAGGAUA